AUGUCGAGCUGGGUCGCAUUGAACAUCGAGCCGGACGAGGCCAUCGAGGAGGAGGUUGACGAUACCAAAGAAAUCCAGAUCGAGGAGGCCCUCAAACUAUACCAGAAUGCCUUGAAACUCCACUCCCAAGGCCCUCCGUUCUACGACGAAGCCGCCGAAGCUUACGAUGCGCUCUUAAACUCCGAAAUAUUCAAGUACCCCGAAUCCCUCUCUGACUCCAAAAGAAAUGCGCUGCAGGAUACGGAUCUCCAGCUUGGAGGGGACGAGAUCGCGGGGGAUACUGCUGCGGAGCCACUAGUGGAAUUCGAUAUCAACGAUUCGACAUCCAGCACGUUGAUGCAGACCAUCUAUCUCUCGUAUAAAAACCACGGACAGUAUACUUUGGAUUCGCUGCGGGCGUCUAUCGAGGAUGCCUCGCACUCUGAUGAGUCGGCCCAGGAGAUAUCGGCCACGAUUGCCGACCGCGUCAACAAAGCGUUAAGCUCCUUCGCCGAGGCCCUGGAGCGGGACGAUACCGACCUCAAUCUCUGGAGGCAAAGCGCAAGAUUGUGCAGUGCUUUGCAGAGCUACCGGCUAGCUCGGUACUGCCUGGAGAGUGUGUUGGCGGACGAUGAGAAUCGCUUAGAGGUGCGGGCUGAGCAAUUAGGCUUGGAGGAAACCUUAACGGAGGAGCAUCUCCGGGAAACGCUGUUGUCAUUGGAAGACAGAAUAUCCGCAGCACAAGUACCGCUAAGGAAACCGAAGAAGACCCUGCUCAAGUUCCUCAAACCUCAAAGUGACCCUUAUCCGUACCUUCCGGCCCUGCCGAACACCCUACAGAAUGCCGACCCAACGAAGCACCCUCUUCGAUCACGUCUUCCUGAUCAUGAGGUCAAGCUCUCUGUCCUAACGUGGGCCGCCGUUGGAAAGGCCAUCCUGCGAGUUCACGGCGACGAGGUGCAAGGCGAUGACGUUCCUACUGGCUCACGAAUCAUCUUCUCCCUGCCCGCCCUCAGCCCCGAGAUGAAAGCUAUUACCACUCGAGAAUCGUCAGCCCAGGAUCAGUCAUCAAAAUCGCGAGAUGAGGUUGAUGCUGAUAGCAGGAAAGACGCCCACGUCGCAGAAGGCGACGAUCGAAGCGCAGCUCAAAACACUGCCCCUGUCAAAUUGGAGGCCCCUGAUGAACAAACUGACGACCAUUCAUCCAUCGACCAGCGGGCAGAAAAACAGCUGAUGGAGUCGCUUGAAGUGCAGUCAUCGCAUAGCCCUGAAAUACAAAAUCGACCGGAGCAUACGAACGCUGAUGAGAUAGAGAUCAAAUCGUCUAGCGCGCCUAGGAAGCGCUCCUCUGCUUCAGCCAUCACCGAAGACCAGGCGGAACGUAUCAGGGCCAAAAGCAGAAGAACACGCCUCAGGGAAUCGAAUGCGGAAGCAUCGUUGCAAGCUGAGGACAUUGUCUUUGACCAGUCCAAGUACUACGAGGAUCAACUAGAAAUUUACACUCAAGCUGAUGAGUGGGUGUUUAACACGACAAAUUCAUUGUUGUCUAAAAUUGGAAUCGAAGAUCUGGCAGGGAUCGAGGAGCUGCGGAAAUGCCUUUCAUCUCUCAAUGACGACAAGGAUUCGCCGAUUUCAGGAGCCAACGAAAGUGAAUGCUCGCUGCAUCAAGAUCUCAUAAACGCCCUGAAACACUGGGAUGAAGGGAAAGCCCAGGCAGUUUUGCAAGGAGACUAUUUUUCGGCCUUUCGAGACAUACAAGGCAUGGGCAAAUCGGGGCUGGCAGUUUUCCUCGAGCAUUCAAGGAAAUCUGCGCGGAAACUAGGAAUCAAGCAGGUCCUUGCCGGGGUUGAAGAACUAAUUCAUCUACUCAAUAUUGUCAAUGAUGGGAGCUUCAAUAUCCACAAUGUAGCCUUUGAUUGGCUCAAAUGCCUUCUGAUGCCAGAGUAUGGAAACUUCCCUGCGGCGCAUGCUCCUGAUGCGCCUAGCUUUCCUGUCAUGAAAUCGACAUACACGCUAUUUCAAUGGCCAAGUGAUUUGAAAGAGACGGUCGUUCAAGUUCUGCUAAGCGAGGACGAAUACAUUUAUAAAAGAAUGCUGGACCAUGUUCAAGACCUUGAGCGUCAGAUCAUCAGCACUGCUGUUGGAUCCCAAUUUACGUACACCUCAAAUCACUUCGCUCAUUUGGAAAUGAUUGAGACGAUAUUCGAGCUCCAGCUUGACAUUUAUUCGUCGAUCAAUAACCCAAACAGUGAGGUGAAUACCGGAGGAAGGAUCCUGCAACGCGAUCGUCUGGACAGGUGGUGCUCUCUGGCCCGAACUGCGUUGACGCAUUUCAUGGACCAUGCGCCUUCAGGAGGUCACCAAAAGUCGAUGCUUCUACGUCACAUCUGGACGUCGACAUUCCAUUCAAACAUGACAACUGAUGCCCACCGGGAGCACAUAUUGCUUUGCCUCGAGGAGCUUCAACGCUUGCUCGAAUGUUUGGACAAUCCAUUGAUUGGCUUGGUUAACAAUGCCGCGAUGCCGGAAAUCUCCCUCGAGAUCAUUGACCAAGAGAUCUCGAAACUGAAAUCGAUGGACUUUUUCUUGAAAAUCUUUAGUCCCAAUUCAAGAGAUCCUGUGGACAUCAUUGAAACCAUAGAGCCACUUUUAGAGCCUUCUUCUGUUGGUUUUACGGAGGAAGACAGUUCAGGGGGCCAGGAGCUUGCCGGACCGAGCUCACAACUUCAAGAAAUGGGGUCUUUCCUGGACCGAGGCGAUGCCACCUUAAGGCUUUUCCUCUGGAGGCGACUACAGGUCGCUUACACCGACAUUGACUAUCCUCCCAAGGUAGUAUCUUGCUUCUUGAGGAGUAUCGAGGUAAUCAUAAAGGAGCUUUGGAGCUCAGCGCAUCUUCAAGAACCCAGUGAGCACCGUCAGGUGACUCUGCUCCGAUGGCUCAAAAUGUUCGAUGGCAUUCUGACCAAGACUGUAACGAUGGUUUUGCGAGACCCAGCCAAGGCAUACGAUUGCUUUGACAUGGAUCACCUGAAAUCAUCAAUGUCCGCCAUAGCCCUCUUGACGAAACUUCUUCAUGGCCUCAUUUUGUAUGAAGAUUCGGUGCGCGUUGGCCAGACUUCUCGUCCUGAGUUGCGCGGCUCUCUAGCCAAGUCAUUGGAAAGUUUCAAGGACAGGCUCCGAGAAACGUAUGUUCGUUGCUGGAUCUUACAGUAUACCCUUCUCAAGGAAGCUAUUGCGCAGAACAAAGACAUCUUUGGCACGCCCCUUGAUGACUGCAUUCAUUACCUCCGUGCCGUGCAUCACGCUCUUGGUAUCCGAAAAAUGUGCAAACGUUCCCACAAGGAAUUCCUGAAGCUGAUGAAGUCUGAGCUGCUCGCUCCCGAUGAUAAAGAAGACUACGAAUUGGAUAUCUGCCAGGUUCUUUACGACAUCCAUGGCAUCAAACUGUCGACAGUGGACAAUUACCUACUUGACCAUGGGUGCCCACCUGAGAAACUCGAUAGAGCUACGGCCAUAAUGAUGAUUGAUUUUGUCAUGAAGCAAGCCAAGAAGAUGAACAUCAAAGAUCUGUCAAAGUCGGAGCUUAAACAUACCAUUGAAAAGAUGCAGCAGGCCAUUGGCAACACGAGAUCUUCCGGGCCUUUGAACUAUAACAAGCGCAUCUUGACAACCUAUCUCAAGUCCCCGCUGAAUCCAUCAGGAAUAUUCCGUUCGGUACGGGGAGUGGAAGAUCUUACGUUGCUUCCUAUUCCACUUUCCAUCGAAAGUGCAGUCAUCGCACGGAAUGGAUGGUAUUUCCUCUUGGGAUACACUGCUCUCACCAAGUUUCGUUCCCAGAAGCGCCUAAACCCGGUGCCCACCAAUGACCUUGACGAGGCUGUGAGCUGGUUCCGGUCAGACCUAGAGCACGGGACCGCAAGAUGGGAAACCUGGUAUCGACUAGCCCAAACAUACGACUCGAAAGUCGAAGAAGACAUCACCUGGUCCGCUGAAAAGAUCAACAACAAUCGCACAGAACUGGUAACGUGGCAGCGCUACGCGAUUCAUUGUUAUGCUAUGGCUGUUUCGACUGCCAUUAGAAAUGCGGAACCAACACCAGAAACAAGAGCACUUCUGUCUGAGCUCUAUACUGAUUUUGGGAUCCGACUAUACUCUUCCUCGCGAGCACCUUUGUCUAUGGGGGCCUUCAGUCUCAGUGAUUUCACCCGACAUUAUAACCGAGAAGAAAAUCAACAGAUGUACGAAACACAACCCUUUAAAGAGAUGAGACUGUAUUCUGUCUGGAAUUUGGCCAGCUAUCUUCUCAAACGCGCGAUUGUCGACAAACCCAAGAGUUGGAUGACCCACUAUAUGUAUGCUAAAUGUCUCUGGAAGAUGUUCAGCGCCGACGAGACCGUUAGAGGAGGAGCCAAGUCAAUUAGCCUGGAUGAUCUGUUGGACUCGCUGCUGGAUGCCAUCGAUGCACUUCCCCAGAAGAAGGACUCACGUGCAGAGCCUAUUUUCGAGCCUCACUUCAAGCUGGUUUCCAUCGUCCAUAAACUCGUUCACAGGGGCACAUUGACGGCGGCUGAGGGCAGCAAGACCCUUCUAGCCACUCCGUGGGCUCGGAAGGUCCAACCUCCCGAGGACGAAGCCUCGUGGAAGACAUACACCCUUGCAGUUAUUCGGAAUCUGCGACAUGCGGAUAAAUCGAAUUGGCAUCACCGCAUGGCUCUCAGGGCUGCCCAUAUCAUAUACGAUGAUAGCAAAGAUGCCGAAUCUGCCGCUAGGGCCAAGGGCGAACUCACGCAGCAGAUUUUCACCAAGACCAUGACUAUACAAGUUUGGAAGCCCGAGUACGAGCGUCCGGGUAGACAUUUCGUAUACACCACGCGAUAUGUGUAUUUCUUCGUCGCUCUUCUGGACCAGCUUAACGACCGCGCAAAUCUCGACCAGCUGCUGCGUCGAGUGCGGAAGAAGCAAGGCGACUUUAUCAACCAUACUAAAUUGUGGGAAGACGUCUGCCUCACCUAUGCACGCGUCAUCCGCCGAGCAGGCAAUAUCAGCGAGGGCCACGAGGAAGGUGUCUUCAGGCCUAUCGGAUGGGAGGAAUUUGUCCUCAACACCGCUCGCCUCGACGAUCUCCAACAACUCGCUCCCGAAAGUGGUUCUCUACUCGAAUUACUCCGGGACGCCAUCGAGCUGAAGAAGCUCAACAACAACCUCAUGAAAGUCUCCCUCCUCGAAGACCUCAUCGCCGACCUCUACUCCCGCCUCUACGAAGUCAACAUGUCACUUGUUCUCGAGCAAGCCAACGAGGAAAACAAAGAGAAAAUGAAAGUCGACCACCUGCUCAUGGGCAGUGACGGCGCUGCCGAAACCCCAACUCCCCCAACCUCCGCCCCUGCAUCCGAAGCCCCCGCCCCGCGCGGCCGCACCAAGGGCAUCGCCCGCCGCGACAUCCAAAAGCGCGCCGAAACUAUCGUCAACCGCAAACUUGCGCCGCGCCUUCCCACCGGCAAAGCGCCCGCCCCUGUCGAAUCCUCCGACCCCUCCCAGAACCACCACCAGACCGAACCGGCUUCUUCCUCCAUCACAUCCGCUCCUCGACAGUCCAAAGACCUUGCUGCUCGCGCUCCAGCCACCGCCACCAGAGGAACAGCCGAAGAUCCCACGUCCGGCCAGCAGAGCGAUAUGGCGCACAGCGUGCACGAUAGCGCCGACGACGAGAGCGAGCUGAGCGAGAUCGACGACGAGAAGUUAUCCAAGCUUGCGAGCGAUCGGAAACUCAUGUUCCCGAACCUGGAACGAGGGUCCCUUGAUCCGGAGUCUGAGAUGUCUGCGCUCGAAGGGGACGGCGACGGUGAUAUCACGAUCGAACCGGUCGGAGAUGCGGAUCUUGGUGAAGGGGAGGGCGAGACGAUGGUUGAAGGUGAUGAUGUUGACGAUGGAGAGGGAGAAGGUGAUGGUGAAGAAGGCGAGGGAGAUGAUGAGCCUGAUGUCGAGGCGGACGAAGAAGGAGCAGCAGAUGUUGACAUGGAGAAUGAGGGCGAAGGCGACGGUGAAGAUGAACACGACCUCGAAGGCGAGGGUGAGGGUGAAGAAGAGGAAGAAGGCGAAGGAGAAGGUGACGACACCGUUGAAAUGGACGGCGUCGAGCCCGAGACUGAACAGCCCGAUGCAAGCGAGCUUGUCUCGGAAGCUGAACCUAUGGAUGUUUGA